AGCAACAAUGGCGGAGAUUAUGAUCCCAAUUCUCUCUUGACUCGUCUCCAUCCAAGCCCCUAUAAAGCAAACACAUCACACCCAUCUAUUCAAUCCAAACCAUGAUGAUGUUGCUGAUGGGAAGAAGAAGAAGCUGCAGGAGAAGAAAAAGCAACAGCCAGUGGUUGUUGUUGGGCACCAGCAGAAGAAGAAGAAGCAGCAGAGGAAAGAAGAGGAAAAUUAAGCAGUGCUGUAAAGUGUAUGGUUGACUCCAUUUUUUCCAUACUUUGGUCGUGACUCUCAUGUGUCUCUCUUUCAUAGCCUUAUCCCCAUCUCCAUCUCUCUUUAUUGCUUUCAUAACUUCUCACUUUCCUAUGGCUUUUCGCCUCUCCAUUCAGUUGGAUGCCAACCCCUUUUAGUUAAUGUCACAGCUCCUCACCCAAUCUUUUGUAUUCGCUCUAGAUGCGUGUCUUCUUUGAUAUAUAUCAUAUGGGUCAUGUCCUCCACUUCUCUCACUCCCCUUUUUCUUUCUCUAUUCCUCUCAACCACCCCAUUCUUGAGCUGGUUUUACGUGUGAUUCUCAUCUUCUUGAUGGUGAUCAUGGGGGGUUGGCUUUCUAUUUCUAUCAUUUUCCUUUGAAGGAUUAUUAUUCUUCAAUACAACAGUCUUAAGAUCUCGGGAAAUGGCAAGACACAGGACGACUCCUCCCGUCCAAAAUCGUUUUCAGUACUUUCUGCUGGUGCUUUGUUGCUGCCUGGUGUUUGUUGCAUCCUUGAACGAGGAGGGAAACUUUCUUUUGGAGUUCAGAAGAUCGCUUAUUGACCCUGGUAACAAUCUUGCAAGCUGGAGUGCCAUGGAUUUAACUCCCUGCAAUUGGACUGGAAUAUCGUGCAACGAUUCUAAGGUAACUUCUAUAAAUCUCCAUGGGCUCAACUUGUCGGGUACUUUGUCUUCUAGCGUCUGCCAACUCCCCCAGUUAACGUCCUUGAACCUGUCCAAAAACUUCAUCUCCGGCCCCAUUUCUGAAAAUCUUGCCUACUGUCGUCAUCUCGAGAUUUUAGACCUUUGCACUAACCGGUUCCACGACCAAUUACCAACCAAACUCUUCAAACUCGCCCCCCUCAAAGUUCUUUAUCUGUGUGAGAAUUAUAUUUAUGGAGAAAUCCCUGAUGAGAUUGGAAGCUUAACUUCAUUGAAGGAGCUUGUGAUUUACAGUAACAAUCUCACAGGUGCAAUUCCCCGGUCGAUUAGUAAGCUCAAAAGGCUUCAGUUUAUCAGGGCGGGUCACAAUUUCCUGUCAGGUUCAAUACCACCUGAAAUGAGCGAAUGCGAGAGCUUAGAACUUCUGGGGUUGGCGCAGAAUAGGUUUGAAGGUCCUAUUCCUGUGGAGCUUCAGAGACUUAAGCAUCUUAACAAUUUGAUCCUCUGGCAAAACCUUUUGACUGGUGAGAUUCCACCCGAGAUCGGUAAUUUCAGUAGCCUAGAGAUGCUUGCACUGCAUGACAAUUCUUUCACCGGGAGCCCUCCCAAAGAGCUUGGAAAGCUGAACAAGCUCAAAAGAUUGUACAUUUAUACCAACCAGUUGAAUGGAACGAUUCCUCAGGAGCUAGGUAACUGUACUAGUGCAGUUGAGAUAGAUCUUUCUGAAAAUCAUUUAACUGGGUUUAUUCCAAAGGAGUUGGCCCAUAUUCCUAACCUCCGGUUGCUUCAUCUUUUCGAAAACCUUCUCCAGGGGAGUAUCCCCAAGGAACUUGGACAGUUGAAGCAGCUGCGGAAUUUAGAUUUGUCCAUAAAUAACCUGACCGGCACCAUCCCUUUAGGCUUUCAAAGCCUCACAUUCUUGGAGGAUUUACAGCUUUUCGACAAUCAUCUUGAGGGUACUAUUCCUCCUCUCAUUGGAGUUAACAGUAACCUUUCCAUUCUUGACAUGUCCGCCAACAAUCUUUCAGGCCACAUACCAGCACAGCUCUGCAAAUUCCAGAAAUUGAUAUUCCUAAGCCUCGGGUCUAAUAGGUUAUCGGGAAACAUCCCUGAUGACAUAAAGACAUGCAAGCCUCUAAUACAACUAAUGUUGGGAGAUAACCAGCUCACAGGAAGCCUCCCUGUUGAAUUGUCCAAACUUCAAAAUCUUUCAGCUCUUGAACUCUAUCAGAACCGAUUCUCUGGGCUAAUAUCGCCAGAAGUAGGCAAACUUGGGAAUCUGAAGAGGCUGCUCUUGUCCAACAAUUAUUUUGUUGGGCAUAUACCUCCUGAGAUUGGACAAUUGGAGGGACUCGUUACUUUUAAUGUUUCAUCAAACUGGCUAUCCGGAAGUAUUCCCCGUGAGUUGGGAAACUGUAUAAAGCUACAGAGGCUUGAUUUAAGUAGGAACAGCUUCACUGGCAAUCUUCCAGAAGAGCUCGGCAAGCUAGUGAAUCUGGAAUUGCUGAAACUUUCAGAUAACAGACUGAGUGGACUGAUACCAGGCAGCUUAGGGGGCCUGACCCGGCUUACAGAACUACAAAUGGGGGGCAAUCUUUUCAACGGCAGCAUUCCUGUUGAACUUGGCCAUCUUGGUGCUCUCCAGAUCUCCCUCAACAUUAGCCAUAACGCGCUCUCAGGUACAAUUCCAGGUGAUUUGGGGAAAUUGCAGAUGCUGGAAUCAAUGUACUUGAAUAACAAUCAGCUUGUUGGUGAAAUUCCCGCUUCAAUUGGUGACUUGAUGAGCCUCCUGGUAUGCAACCUUUCUAACAAUAACCUGGUAGGAACAGUGCCAAACACCCCUGUUUUUCAGAGGAUGGAUUCCAGCAAUUUUGGUGGAAACAGUGGCUUGUGCAGAGUCAGUUCAUACCGUUGUCAUCCUUCUUCAACCCCUUCAUAUAGUCCAAAAGGAAGCUGGAUAAAGGAGGGUUCUUCCAGAGAAAAAAUAGUAAGCAUCACUUCUGUGGUUGUCGGGUUAGUUUCUUUGAUGUUUACUGUGGGCGUUUGUUGGGCAAUAAAGCAUCGUAGGCGAGCUUUUGUUUCACUUGAAGAUCAAAUAAAACCGAAUGUGUUGGAUAACUACUACUUCCCCAAAGAAGGGCUCACAUAUCAGGACCUCUUGGAAGCCACUGGAAAUUUUUCAGAGAGCGCAAUCAUCGGAAGAGGAGCCUGUGGAACUGUCUACAAGGCUGCUAUGGCUGAUGGUGAGUUGAUUGCAGUCAAAAAGCUGAAAUCCCGGGGAGAUGGAGCUACUGCAGACAACAGCUUCCGCGCUGAGAUAUCCACUCUUGGGAAAAUCAGGCACCGAAACAUUGUGAAGCUUCAUGGAUUCUGCUACCACCAGGACUCUAAUCUUCUGUUGUAUGAGUACAUGGAAAAUGGCAGCCUAGGAGAGCAGCUUCAUGGGAAGGAAGCAAAUUGUUUGCUUGACUGGAAUGCUAGGUAUAAAAUUGCUCUUGGGUCAGCAGAGGGCCUGUCCUAUCUCCAUUACGACUGUAAGCCCCAAAUCAUUCACCGGGAUAUAAAAUCAAACAACAUUUUACUCGAUGAGAUGCUUCAAGCCCAUGUGGGAGAUUUUGGUUUGGCAAAAUUGAUGGACUUUCCCUACUCCAAAUCCAUGUCUGCUGUUGCAGGUUCAUACGGCUACAUUGCCCCUGAGUAUGCUUACACAAUGAAAAUUACAGAGAAAUGUGACAUAUACAGCUUUGGGGUUGUUCUGCUUGAACUGAUCACAGGAAGGACCCCAGUGCAACCCCUAGAACAGGGAGGGGACCUGGUCACUUGGGUUAGAAGAUCAAUUUGUAAUGGGGUUCCAACACCUGAAAUCUUGGACAAACGGCUAGAUCUCAGUGCUAAAAGGACAAUCGAGGAGAUGUCACUAGUCCUCAAGAUUGCAUUAUUCUGUACCAGUCAGUCCCCGCUUAAUAGGCCAACAAUGAGAGAAGUCAUUAACAUGCUGAUGGAUGCGAGGGAGGCGUAUUGUGAUUCACCAGUGUCUCCAACAUCAGAGACCCCGUUAGAUGAUGACGCUUCUUGUAGAGGUUUUAUGGAACCAUAGACAUCCUACAAAUGGAGGAUCUAGUAAUGCUAAUAGAUUUCUCAUAUUCUACUUACAUAAUUGAUGGUCUAAUCUACCUUGCCACGUUUUGAUACUGCAAGGAAAUAAAAACAUACUAUCUUAUCUUAUCUUCUCAGUAUUUAUAUUGUAGUUCAUUGUAUCUCUCUUGGAUCAUGUUCUAUGUUAGAAGCAUCUCAUUCUUAUAGUAUAAAAAAUAACAAUACCCUAGCCUCUUGGAUUUCUUGAUAAGCAUCUUGCUUUGUAUCUUCUUUAGUCCAUCCUAUGCAUGAGAAACCACAUUACUCCAUUUUAAGAUAACUGCAACUCUGAAUUUUGGAUUAAAGUUUGAAUAAUUUGUUUAAAUAUCUCAUUAUUAUUGUUA